AUGAAUAGUACUGCAGCUAGCCCAAUGUCAGCUAUUGCUACUUCAAGCAGUGGAAGAACCACAGGGAAAUCUACAAGUUUUGCUCUUGAACUCCAGAGUAUGAUGUGACAGAACAGAGGCUAAGUGAUGUACCCAGGAUCAUAUAGCUAUUAAGUGAGGUAGUAUUUGAACUUGGGACUUCCUGAGUCCAGAUCCAGUCUUCUAUCCACUGUACUACGUAGUGAAGAGUUUUCUCUAGGAGAUGCUAGAAGGCCACUUCAUGAAACAGCAGUCUUGGUAGAAGAUAUUGUGCAUACCCAACUGAUUAAUUUGGAUGAUGAUGAUAAUUGUUGCCAGCCUAUGGAAUAGAACUUUGACUACUGUUGUAUAAUGACCUACUGGAGACAAACAUUAAUUACAAAAUGGAAACAGUCAUUAAUUAUCAUCCAACCCUAGUGUAAUGAAGAGAAAAAUGGAUUGGGACUUGAAUUCACAUAUAGACUUUGCUACUCCUGCCUACAUGAUUUUCAUCAAGACACUUCCCCUCCCAAAGCUCUAGUUUCCUCAGCUGUAAAAUUUGUUAUUUGAACUUUCUGAUUUCUUCCACCAGUCUGCUAGUGGAGAGAAGAAUCACAGGAGUCAUAGAUUUAUAACAGGAAUGGACCUUAGAAGUCAUCUAGUCCAAACCAACACUUUAUUGAGAAGGAAAUAAAAGCCAGGUAGAUUGUGAUGUAUCCAAUGGGAGAGACAGUAUUUGAACUCAGUUGCAGCAGGCUGCUGAGGUUUCACAGCUACGGGGAGCCCGAGUGAUCUCUCCUGAAGAUCUUCUUUUCCUGAUGCGCAAGGACAAGAAAAAACUUAAAAGACUGCUGAAAUAUAUGUUUUUCCGUGACUACAAAUCUAAGAUUGUCAAAGGUAUAGAGGAAGAUGAUCUUCUGGAAGAUAAAUUCAGCAGCAGUAGCAAUGUCAACAAAAGGCAAAAAGUAGCUCAGGACUUCCUCCACUCUAUCGAUCAGACAGGAGAACUCUUGGCGAUGUUUGAAGAUGAUGAGAUCGAUGAUGUUAAGCAAGAGAGAAUGGAGAGAGCAGAAAGACAGACUCGAAUGAUGGAUGCAGCUCAAUAUGCAGAAUUUUGUGAAAGUCGACAGUUAAGCUUUUCCAAAAAAGCUUCCAAGUUCCGAGACUGGUUGGAUUGUAGCAGUAUGGAGGUAAAACCAAACGCAAUUGCCAUGGAGAUUUUGGCCUACUUAGCAUAUGAGACUGUGGCCCAGUUGGUGGAUCUGGCUCUUCUGGUCAGGCAAGAUAUGGCACCCAAAGCAGGUGACCCCUUCAGCCAUGCCAUCUCUGCUACUUUCAUACAGUACCACGCUUCUACUGAGCCACAUCUUUUCGGGGCAAAUUCUGGCAUGAAAACCAGCCCUGACUCCCCUGAAAACACGCCUCCUGCUACACCAACUGCUCCAACAUCUGGACCACAACACCCAGGGAAAAACCAACCAGGGACUCUGGGGAAUGGAAAUGUUGGACAAGACUCGACUAAAACAAAGCAAAGAAAGAGGAAAAAGAGCACUGCAGCCUGUGGUAUGGAGGCUCAAAGCGAUGCCAUCCAGCCCAGCCACAUCAGAGAGGCCAUUCGACGCUACGGCCACAAGAUUGGCCCAGUUUCCCCAUUCACAAGCGCCUACCGCAGAAAUGGAAUGACUUUUCUAGCCUGCUAAUGUGGAUGUGGAUGUGACUACAGCAACAGGAAAGGCAACCUUCUAUUAAGGUGAUUUUGUUUCCACGUCGGGGGAGAGAAGAGGAGGCAGAAAUACAGGUUUCCUUCUCCCUCUGCUAAGGAGGCUGCUGGUUUGUUGUGACUAUCAACAGGCUGACUCCAGCCCUUUUCCAACCCCCUCAAUCAUUACUCUUGUUUACCAGAUGGAACUUUGAGCUAAUUAAUGGCAGGAUGUUUGGGAUAGUGUGUAGGUGGACAAGAAUGCAAAUCACACAGUUUUGAAAUGUGCAAUGGAUUUACUGCUGUGGGUUGCCCUAUCUGAAGAACCAUAUCAUGAUUGUGUGUGUGUUGAGUCCACAUAUCUUAAUUGAUACAUUUUGUAAUCCAACUUUAGGUCAAAAGAAGUAAGAGAAAAAAACCCAGCUGCAAUAACUUUUCUUUUUAGUGUUUAUCUCUAACAUCGCCAUUUUUAAAAAUGAGCAUCCAUGUGGGGAGCAGUUAAGAAUGCUCAGACUUUGAUCAUCUACUGGCUGUCUCCUUUUCUGAUCCUCCUUUCUCUUUGGUCAUCCUCUGCUCUGACUACUGUUGCCUUUCCUCCUGCAUGUCUUCCACCAAUUCUUCCUAUUUUUCUCUUCUAUAACAUGUAUUCUCACUUUCCUCUUAAAUCAAAAAACUGGAAAAUGGUACCAUUUCAAGCCUCACCAAGGCCAGGGUAACAGUGGAGAAGGAAAACUAUUCAUAGAAGGGUGGGAUAGAGACCUUGAGAGGCCCGUCCAGAGAGCCUGGCAUUAUCCAUUAUCUAUUUCCUGCCCAGGGCUGUAUAUUUUACCCUUCUCUUCUGACAUGCUUUCUCAACUAGAAAAUCCUGUUGAACACUCAAAACAUAAUGUUGGCUCCAUAUCAAUCUGUAACACUUGCUAUUCUUAUUGUUUGAACUUGGUAUUGAUGCAACUGCCUCUAGACCUUGGAUAAGAAGAAAUGUUGUCUUCAAUUAUGUAUUUUUCACAGUUCCAUGUUUAUCAUUGUUUCUAUGUACUUUCAAGAAACCUUGGUGAAAAAUGAAUAAAAUGAGAGAUCAAAAUCA